GUUGCUGGCUGGAACCAUUGGACUCACCGUCCGACAUUCCUUCUUUCCAUUGACAUAUAUAUACAUCCGAAGACUCGAGCUCAACGGACAAGCUCAUCUUCACCCCCCCAUCCAAAACCCCACAAAAACCCCAUGAAUUCAACUACACAAUUCAGCCAGAACAACCCAACACAGUGAUCACCUGUGACCUCACAAAAUGUUACUCAGGCCCCAAAGCCUGCUCUCCACUUCCUCCAACUCUCGCAUUUCUUUCCACUUCACAAACAUCCACUCCGCCUCUCUCAAAACAUCCACUUUCUCCUUAUCAUUUCCCUCCAAUCACUCCCCAAGCCUUCCACGUUUUAGAAUUCCAAUUACCCAAUCGCCAAAACUUCUCAACUUCAAGUUCUUCAGCACCCAUCGCCGCCCUCUCAGAGCCUACGAGCCGGACGCGGCCGUACCGGAGAAAGCAGACGCCCUUGAUACUGUCAAUCUGGAUUCUUUUCUCUCUGUGGUCGAGUUUCUAUGUCUCGCUUCGUCGGCUGUGAUUUCGGUUGGGUUUGUUGUGAACUCGGCCAUUUGGAGCUCGCAGAAGCCGGUUAUGGCGUGGUUGGGGAACAGGGUUUUCGCGUGGCAGGUUGUUCUAUUAGUGGGUGCGAUGGCGAUUGGCGCUUUGAUUCGGACACGGCAGUGGACCGGGAUGUGUACCGAUGUUUCAAAUUCUGGGAGUCCCGGUGUGAAUUUGAUCGAGAGGAUUGAGAAAUUGGAGGAGGAUAUUCGCAGCUCGGUGACUGUUGUCAGGGCUUUGUCGAGGAAGCUUGAGAAGUUGGGGAUUCGGUUUAAGCUUACAAGGAAAGCUUUGAAAGAUCCUCUUUCUGAGACUGCAGCUUUGGCUCAAAAAAAUUCUGAAGCCAUUCGAACAUUAGCAGUCCAGGAAGAUAUUCUAGAAAAGGAGCUUUCUGAAAUACAAAAGGUUCUGCUUGCAAUGCAGGAGCAGCAGCAAAAGCAACUAGAACUCAUUCUGGCAAUUGGAAAGAGUGGAAAGCUAUGGGACAGCAAGCUGAAACCCAGCCAAGAUGAGGAAGCAACUGAAGAGGGCUAUUCAGUUGACAGCGCAGAACCCAUGGCCAUGGAAAUACCCCAAAUCCAAGCUCUGGCUGGGCAGAAGGAAUCGAACAGUGACAGAACCUAAAAUUUGAAGCUGCAAAUUGAGAUGGAUUUGCUUGUGUUGUUAAUUGGCUGCAAAAGCCCGGAUGGUUGUUCCUAUUUUGUUGAGGAAGUGAUGCUUUCGGCUGGUUCACAUCAAUAUUAUUGCAGUUUGUUCAGAUUGUUUUGCUACAAGGAGAGGACAGCGAGAGAGAAAAUGGGGACAUAGAACAGAAGAAGAUUUUAGAAUUCCUUUUUCCUGGUUAUAGAGCAGAGCUGUGCCAAUAAGAAUCCCAUUGUUGUUUGUAAUCGUUGGUAAUCUACAUAGAAGAAGUUGAAAUUGCUUGAUAUGAUGCAAUUCCACAAUCUGCAACUUUCCUACACUCUUUCUUCACUGCUAUUUAAGGAGGUUACUGGAUUUUGAGUCUCGUUUGUUUAUGUAAGCGUAAAUAGACUGUUCUUAGUUACAGUGUCAAGUGGUGAAAUUUUUGUCAUAAAAGUUCAAAUUAUUUUUAUUUUUCUUUUACCAUAACAAAGUUUUGGUUUGUGGGUU